AUGGUCAAUGUCACCGACAAAGGCCCAUUGGUUAAUCGCAGACGUAUUCUCGAAGAAUUCGGAAAAGUACAGACACAAAUUGCAACAAAUCCGAAUGCUUGGAGAUCAGUGGCAUUCAGAGUUUACAAACGGAUAUGUAAAGCUAUGGGAGAUGACUACGUGGAUUAUCCGGAAUUCGAAUUCUGGUUCUCAAGAUUUGUUCAAGGAAAUUUCGAUUUGAAUUAUGACAGAUGUUCCGAUCCAAAAGCCCGUUCGAUCAUCGACUUGCCACUAGACGUUUUCAAUAAAAUUGGUGAAUACUUGAAGCUAGAAGACAGAUUCCAACUCCGAAAUGUGUGCAAAGAUAUUCGAUAUCAAGUCGAUAACUGGGAUCUGAAACUAGACGAGAUUUUCUAUAACGGUGCGAAUGAAUGGAGAAUCACACCGACGUUGGGACCAGGACCGUUUUUUUCACAAAAUGUAAAUAACAGAUUCUAUCGGGAUCCUAAUUCUUUCGUGAUGAAUAUUCUGAAGCUUCCGAAACUCCAAGUGGAGAAAUUGACGAUUUAUAAACAAGAUGAAUGUUGGGAAAAAUUUAUCAGAGUACUAAAUGAAUCGAAUCGAAAACUUCUUGUGAAGAAGGUCCAAUUUCCUUGUUUCUACCCAUCAAAAAUCGAUUUGCACUUUAUGAUUCCCGGAGUACUCGAAGAGAUCAAACUGUUCAUCGAGAAUCCAAAACGCAAAGAAAUCAUUGAAAUUGUUGAAUCGGAACAAUGUCAAAAAGCUAAAAUGGUGUAUAUUGAUAGUCCGACUGUCAUUUCAAAAUUUCCACUGGAUGCUCUAUACAAUUGCCCCCGAUUCACUUUGCAACUCGGAAAAAGACCUGCAGACGGUUUGAAAUCGAAAUUUCUCAAGACACUCAUGAAUGAAGGCAAAGUACAAAAAUGCGUGCUUUACGUUUCCAACUAUGUUGGCGUGCCGAGCCAAAUCAUGAAUUAUUUCAAUGAACCAGAGGCAAUGGUUCCGAACUUCCCACUGCUUCGUCGUUAUCCGAUUCCUGGAACAAAUGAAUUCUACGAACUCGAAGACCGAGUGGAACUCAGCACAGCCAAUAUUUCAGCUAAAGUCAUAAAAACCUUCGAAAUGGCCGAGGUCACCGAUCCAAUGGAAACUCGCAAACUCAUCCUCACAGCAUUCAGAGCAGUCCAGAUACAAAUCGCAGCAAAUCCGGAGAUAUGGAGAGAAUUGAGUUUCGAAGUUCACAAAGAGUUGUUUGAAGAGCUGGGAGAUGAUUUCGUGGACUAUCCGGAAUUCGAAUUCUGGUUUUCGAGAUUUCUUCAAGGAAAUUUCGACUUGAAUUAUGACAAAAGUUCCGACCCAAAAGCUCGCUCGCUCACCGAUUUGCCACUAGAAGUUUUCAAUAAAAUUGGUGAAAACUUGAAGAUAAAAAACAAAUUGCAACUCCGUGAUGUGUGCAAAGAUUUUCGAUUUAAAGUCGAUAACUGGGAUUUCAAAGUGAUGACGUUUUGCUAUAAAAAUGAGAAUGAUUGGAAAAUCUUUGACGGAGGUUGUCGUAUUGGUUUGUACCAGAAUCCAAUUUCUUUCUUUAUGAAUAUGCUGAAGCUUCCGAAAUUCCAAUUGGAGAAAUUGACGAUUUAUAGAGAAGAUGAAUAUUGGAAGAAAUUAAUUGAAGAGCUGGACGAGUCAAAUCAGAAACUUCCUGUGAGGAAGGUGAAGGUCGAAUUUCCAUUUAUCCGUUCAUCUAAAAUCGAUUUGCACUUUUUGGUUCCCGAAGUGCUUGAAGAGAUCUCCGUAAUCAUGAAAGCACCUUCAUUCGAAGUAAUCAAUGAAUUUAUUAAAUCGGAUCAAUGCCAGGCUGCGAAAAUGGUGUCUAUUGAGACUAACACCUGCACUUCAGAAUUUCCAUUGAAAGCUUUGUACAAUUGCCUCCGAUUCACUUUGCAAAUCGAUAAUGGAUCAGCAGACAAAUUAAAGGCCGAAUUCAUCAAGGAACUGAUUCGAAUUGGUAAAGUCGAAUGGUGUCGUCUAGACAUUGCAAACUACACUCAUUUCUUCAAUAGAUACCACCAAGAAACUCAAUUCCUGAAGCACUUCAACGAAGAAAAUACAAUGGUUCCGGAUAACCCGUUGCUCCGUCGAAUCCCGAUUCCUAAAACCAACGAAUUCUACGAACUCGAAUACCGAGAAGAGUAUCCAGAGGGCAAUCAAGUGGAUUUUGUUCGCCUCGAAAGAAAACAGUUCGAGAGAGAUCCAUUGGCUAUUCGUAGACGUAUCCUUGAAGAAUUUGAAAAAGUACAGACACAAAUCAAAAUAAACCCGGAAUCAUGGAGAAAAUUGAUAUUCGAAGCUCACAAAGAAUUGUGUAAAGAGCUGGGAGCGAACUUCAUGGACUAUCCGGAAUUCGAAUUCGGGUUCUUGAGAUUUCUUCGAGGAAAUUUUGAUUGGGGCUAUGAUAGAAGAUCCGAUCCGAAAGCCCCUUCGAUCACCGAUUUGCCGUUUGAAGGUUUCAAUAAAAUUGGUGCAAACUUGGAGUUACAUGACAGAUUCCAACUCCGUAAUGUGUGCAAGGACAUUCGAGCUCAAGUCGAUAGCUGGGAUCCGAAAGUGACUGAGAUUUCCUACAUCGAUGCGAAUAAUUGGAAUGUCUGGCAGUCAUCGAGACCUGAACCUUACUGUGUGGACAUAUUUGGACAAAAUGAAAAUAGCAGAUGCCGUCCUGGUUUUUACCAGAACCCUAUUUCUUUCUUGAUGAAUGUGCUGGGACACCCGAAACUCAGAGUGGAGAAAUUGACUAUUCAUGAACAAGAUGAAUAUUGGGAGAAAUUAAUUCGAGAACUGGACGAAUCAAAUCGCAAAAUUCAUGUGAAGAAUGUUGAAUUUCCAAACCGUCACUAUCAAUCAACAAUUAAUUUGAACUAUAUGAUUCCCGGAGUUCUCGAAGAGAUCAAAAUAUACCUAGCGAAUUCAAACCACAGAGAAAUCAUUGAAAUGAUUAAAUCGGAGCAAUGUCAGUCAGCUAAAAUGGUGUAUAUUGAGAGUCCGAAACCCACUUCGAAAUUUCCAUUGGAUGCUCUAUACAACUGUCCUCGAUUCACUUUGCGAGUCGGAAAAGUCCUGAAGUCCAGACUCAUGGAAUAUGGUGAAGUUGAAAAAUGUGUUCUCUAUAUCUCCAACUAUAUCGCCGCUCCAAGUCAGAUCAUGAAGUAUUUCAAUGAAUUGGAGGCUAUGGUUCCGAACUUCCCGUCGCUUCGUCGGUACCGUAUUCCUGGAACAAAUGAAUUCUACGAACUCGAAUAUCAAGGAGAUUCUGUUCGCCUCGAAAGGAAACAAUGA